AUGAGAGUCUCCAAAAAAUCAUCAAACAAAUUUCGGAAAUCAUCAUCCAAUGUAGAUUCUGAAUCACUUGCUUUUUACUGGGAAAAGUAUUGGAAAGUAAAACUUGUGGAAGAAAGACAAGCAAAAUUUCAAGUAGAGGAAUGGUGUGCCUUGCAUUUGAAAACUAGUAUUUUGAAAUGCUCGGAUCAUGUUGAUGAUACAACAAAGGCUCAUCAUCACGAUUUAAAUAAUAUUUUAGAAAUUUGUAAAUAUUGGAUCCUUCAUGAUUGCUUGCAAGAAUAUAUUGAAUAUAUACAGGAGUGCAAUUUUAAAUUUAUUAGAGAUAUUUGCUUUGGAGAGUAUUGGGAUUUAAUGUUAAAUGAAUAUGUCAAGUAUCGAUGGAUUGAAGAAGUUUUUGAACGAGAAUCAUUGAAUAGAACAAGCACAACAAAAGGAGAAUCAGAGGCACAACAAGAGAAUUUACUCAUUAACAAAUCAGUGUUGGAAUCUGUUAAGAAGAAUAACUCAAUUUCAGACAUUGAAUUUGAUCAAAGCAAGAAAAUUAAAAACUAUUAUGCAAAAUCUAUCCAUAGAAAUUAUAUUCAAGAGUUAUUACAGGAUCAACAUUUAGAGGCUCCCGUUCAAAAUGAUUUGCUAAAUUUGUGGCAAGCUUUUCCCGAUAUCUAUAUUAUUGAUACUGCAAAUAAUUUCAUCAAAAAUCAACAACAAUUACUUAAAGUUUUACUCUACAGAACUCUUCUAUACGUGACAAGCAAUUAUGGAGGUGUUCCAACAGAAUAUGUGGAGAAUACCAACAAACAAGCAGAGGAAGCCUUAAAGAAAAGACUUGAUUUAAACAGACUUAUAGAAAAACUUUGCACUUACAUUAGAAACUUUCAAAAACAAACACACUCCAUUGACCUCACUUCGUUCUUGUGGAAGGGCACUUCUGAAGAGCAAGCGUUUCAACAUGAAAAAGAAAAUUAUUUUUCAAAAGUCAGAUAUUCAACUUUAGAGAAUUGCAACAUUGAUGAAGUCCAAACUAUGGAUGAGGAAGAAAUCAAACAACAAUUUCUUGAAAAGGUUCAAACAAUGUAUAGAAACAUUCUAGAAAAUGAUCCUCAAAUUAAGGAAAUGAGGAAAAAACCGCUCCUCUCUCAUGGAGAAUUCAACCCAAAAUUGAUUGAAAAAUUCAAGUAUAAGACCGAGUUCUACAACAUUUAUUUUCGUGUGAUUUACUCUGAGUUUGUUCCGUUAAUCGAAAAGAAAAAUUUGAACUCACUGUUAAUUCUCAUGAAUGGUUGUGAAAAGAAAUUCACACAACUCAUAACAUCAUUUAUUGAAUCUAUCAAAGAAGCUCCACUCAUACUUAGCUUAUUGAACAAGUUAAAACAAGAUAGAAAGCUCAUCAAAUUUCUCACUCACUUGACCACGAUUGAUCAGUUCCGUAAAGAAAUAACUGAUAUUGUUUCUUCAUUUGACUUGCAUCAAUAUCCCACAUUUAAUGACAUAUUCCAACGAGUGAAAACAAGCAUGGAUGCAUAUAUUUAUUUACAUAAUCAAAAUAUCUACAAGAACCUCCUUAUUGACAAUAUUUUGGAUCAGAAGUACGAUCCACUCGUGCCAUGGGCUAAUAUCGAGAAUGAAGAAACAAACCAAGAACAAUUCACAACUAAUCCUGUCCAUUCCAAACUCUACGCCAUUUUCAAAAUUUUCAAAGAUCCCAUGACAUGA